AUUUGCAGCGAUUUAGUCGAGUGUUCAAGCAGGUUGCGGAUCGUCUUCGCCUCAGUUUUCGUUUCCAUGGAUCGCGAUGUGCGAAUGAGAAAGUAAAAGUUUACCCUGAACGACUCCUCAGUCUUAAUUAAUUGACAAACUCACACUCUUCCGAGAAGAGUUCUAAGUGAAGUGGAGAAAACAAAGAGUUCUGGGAAAAGUGACAAAGUGCCCAGAGAUUUGAGACAUCAACGAAAGUUGUCUAAUUUCCUGCCCGCCGUGUGAAUACAAAAUCCAUAAGACGAUGACGGCCACGGGAGAGCCAGGAGCUCGCGAAGAUCCCUCCGUCGUCGGAGCUCCGGCGACCAUAACCACCCCGACGACCAUAAUAGCACCAACCCCGAUCCCAGUGCCCAGCGAUGUCCCUAUGCCCAAUUCAAAUGGAAGUGGCAAUGGGGCUGGCAACCACAAGAGCACCAUCGUCAUCGAUAGCCAACCCAAGCGACGGGUCAGCAUUAUUUCCGAUCCGCCAGUGAUCGGAGGGUCCGGAGGUCUCGGCUACGAUAAUCCCGCCUACGAGCAAAACCCAAGGCGUAAAAUUUCACAGACUUCCACACACUCGCACACGGAUAUUGGCCCGGCGCGAAGGAAGAGCAUUCUGAAGGACACAGCUCCCCACAAUAUUCCCGACAACGAAAGUGAUCGGGCCUCAACACAUAGCUAUGAAAACUAUCGUCAGAAUGCGCUGGACGUGCUCAAUUCGAAGUACAAUGGCCACCAGAUGGGACACACGUCCGUGGGCGACAGCAAUGGCGGGGCCAACUAUGUGGAGGAGUCCUGGAUGUACACAUUCUGCCUGAAGUGCCGCGGCGAGGAGCCAUCUGCAUCCUGGGAGCCACCCUUCUGGCAGAAGAUAUUCCCCUACCCGCUCUGUCCCACCUUCAGAACGGUAUCUCGCCUUAUUUCAAUUAUUCUGAUUGGUGUCCUUAUCUGGAUCACGGCCUUUGUGAUCAUAGGCGACUCAGCCGCCCCUGGAGGACAGCUGUUCGGUCUAGUCGUUCUCACUGUGGCCGCAAACUUUGGUGGCUACCUGAUAUCGCUGACUACCUUGCCACGUCUAAUUGGCAUGCUCCUGGUGGGCAUUCUUUUUCAGAACGUGGGCUGGGCGGAUAUAGAUGGCGACUUCUCAAAGGUGACGGCCCACCUGCGCAAGUUUGCACUUACCAUAAUCCUGACUCGAGCUGGUCUCGAAAUGGAGCCGGAGGCCUUUAAGAAGGUGUACAAGACGAUCUUGAAGCUGGGCAUCAUCCCGUGGUGCGUGGAGGCGGUUGUGAUGGCCGUAAUGUCGCGUUUCCUGCUGGAUCUGCCCUGGAUCUGGGCCUUCCUAUUGGGUUCCAUCAUUGCUGCUGUGUCGCCAGCUGUCGUGGUGCCCUGCCUGUUCCGUUUGCGAACCAAGGGCUAUGGCGUGGCCAAGGGUAUUCCCACGUUGGUGGUGGCCGUGGCCGGAGUGGACGAUGCUUUGUCUGUGGCCAUUUUUGGCAUCAUCAGCACAGUGAUGUUUUCCGACAAGGGUCUGGCCUAUCAGAUUGCCCAAGCUCCGGUUUGCAUCCUGGGUGGACUUGGAUUUGGCGUUGUCUGGGGAUCGCUGGCCCGCAUCUUCCCAGAGAAGGGCGACGCAUAUGUGGUGCCGUUGCGGACGCUGCUACUCUUCACCGGCGGAUUAAUGGCCAUUUACGGCAGCGAGGAACUGGGAUUUGAGGGUGCUGGACCCUUGGCCGUCGUGUUCUCAGCCUUUGUUUCCAACCUGUUCUGGUGCAAGGACGGCUGGGAUGUGGAGGAUAACCCGGUGUCCACCGCCUUUGAGAUCUUCUGGAUGAUCUUUGAACCUAUUCUGUUUGGUUUAACCGGUGCCACCAUAAAGAUUCGCGAGCUGGACUCGCACACGGUGUCUAUUGGAGCGGCCUGCAUCUUCACGGGCGCCAUCCUUCGUAUUUUCACAACGGCGGGCAUUGCAUUUGGCGAUCGCCUCAACACCAAAGAGAAAUUCUUUGUGGGAUUGUCAUGGAUGGCCAAGGCAACAGUACAGGCAGCUCUAGGACCAGUGGCCCUCAAGCAUCUGGACGAUAACUCCUCGGACGACGAACGCAAUUGGGCAAACAUUGUGCAGACGAUCUGUGUGUUCAGCAUCGUUCUGACAGCUCCACUCGGAGCAAUCAUGAUCUCGGUGACAGGUACCAAACUGCUGACUAAGACCAAGCAGCCGCAGGAUCUCAGCGGCUGGCGUCGUAGCCACCGGCCGUCCAUUCGCGAUAUCAGCAUCAUUGACGAGGAGGAGGAGCGCGAGGAUCCCGAGAUUCCCGAAGAUAAGGAGACGCACGACAACACGCUAAACAACGCCCACAUCCCCACCAUUUCCUAUAGCUACAACACAUAGUACCGCCUUGUUGUGCCAAGAAUAAUGUUGAUUGUUUUCUUAUUGUACACUAGAUUAAGCGGACCCUGCAUUCCGAAAUAAAUGACUUAGUUAAUAAA